CAACGGAAGUCGCUCUUUUUUUCUUUCUUGCUCAGCGCAAGUGACAUUUAGGGAAGAUAGUGUCUUGAUUAGCACAAGUUACAUUUAAGGGAAGUGGUUUUGAAGAAACUGCAGUGAUUAUGUUGCUGACCUCGCUUAGUUGCUGCCGUCAGUAAACGAAAGAAUAGAUGUAUUGUGAUUGAAGAACACAGGCGUUUCAUAAAGAAUAUAUCGCCUGGAAAUAGUGAGUGUCCCAGUACUACCACACAUAGAAUGGAGACACACUGGGAGGAUCUUGCCUUUCUGGAUUCUAGAAUGAUGUGAGAUAUGACGGUUCUGGGAACCUUGGUGAUUCUCUGCUCUCUUGGUGUUUUGUCCUCUUUUACCUGCCUAGUUGGAGUGUGAAGACGUGGAUGUCAUAUUAUAGUCGAGUUUGAACCUCACCCACCCCGAGGACUGAGGCAACAUGAUGGAGCCCCUAGUGGACCGGCCCGGGCCCCAGAUUGGAAGGUCCUCUCUAGGGGAGAGAAUGGCCUCCUGCUGCUCCUACAGAACCCUCCAGGCUUGGCUCCCCAUCCUCACCUGGUUACCCAAGUACAGGCUGAGCUGGCUCCAGAUGGACCUGAUAGCAGGUCUCACCGUGGGUCUAACCACCGUACCACAGGCCCUGGCUUAUGCUGAGGUGGCUGGCCUACCUGUACAGUACGGCUUGUACUCAGCCUUCAUGGGUGGGUUCAUCUAUACGUUUCUGGGAACCUCCAAGGAUGUAACCCUGGGUCCUACUGCCAUCAUGUCCCUGCUGUGUGCCUCCUACGUGGGGGGAGAUCCGGUCCGAGCCGUCCUCCUCAGCUUGAUCUGUGGAACCAUACAGACCGCCAUGGCUCUACUACGUUUGGGGUUUCUUCUGGACUUCAUCUCAUUUCCGGUGAUCAAAGGCUUCACCUGUGCUGCCGCGGUAACCAUAGGCUUCGGUCAAGUCAAGAAUGUGCUGGGACUGAAGGACAUACCUCAUGAGUUCUUCCUGCAGGUCUACUACACCUUCUACAGGAUACCUGAGACCAGGAUAGGAGACGUGGUUCUAGGUCUGCUGUGUCUGGGUCUGCUGGUGACGUUGCAGUGGAUGAAGAGUACCCUGGAACCCCCGUCAGAACAGGAGGCCCUCCUCACCAGGGCAGCUCACAGUCUGGUCUGGGGCAUCGCUACCGUGCGUAAUGCGUUGGUCGUAGUGGCGGCGACCUUCCUGGCGUUCUCAUGGAACGCGUUUGGCUCACCGGUCUUCACCAUUACCGGGAAAACAUCCCAGGGCCUGCCGCCGUUCAGAGCCCCUCCCCUCUCCGAGACCACGCCCAACGGUACCAGCAUCAGCUUCGGAGAGAUCAUAGAGGAUUUUGGAGGAGGGCUGGCUGUCAUCCCCUUCAUGGGAGUACUGGAGAGCAUUGCCAUCGCUAAAGCCUUCGCCAGUCAGAAUGACUAUAGGAUCAAUGCCAACCAGGAACUGUUUGCUAUUGGUCUAACCAACAUUAUGGGAUCCUUCGUCUCAGCCUAUCCGGUCACAGGAAGCUUCGGAAGGACUGCAGUGAACUCCCAGACAGGGGUGUGUACACCAGCCGGAGGCAUAGUCACUGGUGUGGUAGUGCUGUUGUCCCUGGCCUUCCUGAUGCCAGCAUUCUACUACAUCCCUAAAGCCUCUCUGGCAGCAGUCAUCAUCUGUGCUGUGGCUCCCCUGGUCGACUACCGUGUCGUCAUGCAGUUCUGGAGGAUACGCAAGCUUGAUCUGGUGCCGUUCCUGAUCACCUUCCUGUUGAGUUUCUGGGAGGUGCAGUACGGCAUUGUGGGAGGUGUAGUUGUUUCUGGACUCAUGCUGCUCUACAAUGUAGCCAGGCCCAGCAUAAAGGUGUGUGAUCAUGGUGUUUUGGUGAUGGAGUUAGAUAGUGGACUCAGUUUCCCCUCCACAGAGUACCUCAACACUGUCCUAUACACUCAGGCACUGCAGGCCUCUCCUCCUAGGUCAGUGGUCCUGGACUGUCAUCAUGUCAAUACUGUAGACUAUACAGUUGUCAACGAGCUCAGGGACCUGCUACGACAGUUCAAACUACGAGGGGUCGGACUCAUCUUCUCUGGCCUGCAGGUACUGACUGACUGGGUGUGUUCUGGCCUGCAGGUACUGACUGACUGGGUGUGUUCUGGCCUGCAGGUACUGACUGACUGGGUGUGUUCUGGCCUGCAGGUACUGACUGACUGGGUGUGUUCUGGCCUGCAGGUACUGACUGACUGGGUGUGUUCUGGCCUGCAGGUACUGACUGACUGGGUGUGUUCUGGCCUGCAGGUACUGACUGACUGGGUGUGUUCUGGCCUGCAGGUACUGACUGACUGGGUGUGUUCUGGCCUGCAGGUACUGACUGACUGGGUGUGUUCUGGCCUGCAGGUACUGACUGACUGGGUGUGUUCUGGCCUGCAGGUACUGACUGACUGGGUGUGUUCUGGCCUGCAGGUACUGACUGACUGGGUGUGUUCUGACCUGCAGGUACUGACUGACUGGGUGUGUUCUGGCCUGCAGGUACUGACUGACUGGGUGUGUUCUGACCUGCAGGUACUGACUGACUGGGUGUGUUCUGGCCUGCAGGUACUGACUGACUGGGUGUGUUCUGGCCUGCAGGUACUGACUGACUGGGUGUGUUCUGGCCUGCAGGUACUGACUGACUGGGUGUGUUCUGACCUGCAGGUACUGACUGACUGGGUGUGUUCUGACCUGCAGGUACUGACUGACUGGGUGUGUUCUGACCUGCAGGUACUGACUGACUGGGUGUGUUCUGGCCUGCAGGUACUGACUGACUGGGUGUGUUCUGACCUGCAGGUACUGACUGACUGGGUGUGUUCUGGCCUGCAGGUACUGACUGACUGGGUGUGUUCUGGCCUGCAGGUACUGACUGACUGGGUGUGUUCUGGCCUGCAGGUACUGACUGACUGGGUGUGUUCUGGCCUGCAGGUACUGACUGACUGGGUGUGUUCUGGCCUGCAGGUACUGACUGACUGGGUGUGUUCUGACCUGCAGGUACUGACUGACUGGGUGUGUUCUGGCCUGCAGGUACUGACUGACUGGGUGUGUUCUGGCCUGCAGGUACUGACUGACUGGGUGUGUUCUGACCUGCAGGUACUGACUGACUGGGUGUGUUCUGGCCUGCAGGUACUGACUGACUGGGUGUGUUCUGACCUGCAGGUACUGACUGACUGGGUGUGUUCUGGCCUGCAGGUACUGACUGACUGGGUGUGUUCUGGCCUGCAGGUACUGACUGACUGGGUGUGUUCUGACCUGCAGGUACUGACUGACUGGGUGUGUUCUGACCUGCAGGUACUGACUGACUGGGUGUGUUCUGGCCUGCAGGUACUGACUGACUGGGUGUGUUCUGGCCUGCAGGUACUGACUGACUGGGUGUGUUCUGGCCUGCAGGUACUGACUGACUGGGUGUGUUCUGGCCUGCAGGUACUGACUGACUGGGUGUGUUCUGACCUGCAGGUACAUGAGUUCACCAACACUGAUGAAGUAUAAUCAGACUGAUUGCAACUGUCUCUUCUCUUCUCUCUGUCUCUCUCUCUUCUCUUCUCUCUGUCUCUCUCUCUUCUCUUCUCUCUGUCUCUCUCUCUUCUCUUCUCUCUGUCUCUCUCUCUUCUCUUCUCU